AUGGCAACUUUUCCAUGUUUUGAUUAUCACGAUUUGAAAUUGGGCUUUUCAUCGAUGGAUGCCCAAAAACAACAUAAUGCCAAUAAAAAUUCUCCUAUAACUAACGAUUACCAGCAGCAGACUGUCACUAUUACUUCAUCAAAUAAUCUGGCUUCUGCAAAUUCCUUAAGCUUUACUCAGCAGUCUACUGCUUCAACUUUUUCAUUGUCAACUGAUAUUUUAUCAACUUCUAACUGUUCUGACGAUAAUUCUUGUUCAGAAUCAGUGAUGAUGUCUCCUUAUUCUAUUAUUCUAAAUUCUGGAGAGUUAACGAUGGAAGAUACUUACUACGAAGAUGAGUUUUUCUUUGAACCUUUGGAAUCCCCAGCAUUAGUAGAUCCAUAUAUCUAUUUAUCACCUGCUCUAACUUCUUCAAUCUCGCAAUCGGAUCAAGCUAUGUGUUUAUCUGAUAAUCUGACAAGACGAACUAAUCAGAACAAUCAUCCUUAUUCUCCGUCGAACAAUCAAAAAAUAGAUAGAAAUAAUUCUUUGGAUCAAAUCCAGAUAAAGGAUCCUAUUAAUCACAGCGAUGAUAACACUGAUCCUGAGAACAACCACAUUUCUAGUAACAUAAUACCAACUAUAAUGACAGGUUCUCCAUCUAUACCACCAAAUUCGAGCAUGUCGUUGCCGUUACCUUCGACAAGUAUUAUGGUAACGUCAUCCACAACUGUGCAGGAGCCUAUGCCAAACUUGUCCCUUGGUAGUAAUCUUGUAUCCGAAGUAGCAUUGACACAAUCACCGUUCACUCUUCUACCUACUGCCACCUCUAAUAAUCAUUCUUUAUCUGACAAGAUUGCACCAAUAACACCAUCUUCAUUAAUGAAAUUGAAAGAGAAUUCCACUUCUUCCAGGCCUACUCAAGGCAUUCAAAAAAUUGACAAACAGCAACCACUUACACAAAGUUCUCGACUGUCAAAUGAGAAACGUGAACCUUCCUUAAAACAACGGACUUUUAACAAAGAAGCCACUUUUAUAGUUCCGCCUUCACGGACACAAAGAUCUAUCCGGGUUACAGGUGUAGAUGGAUCGCAACAUAUGUUAGUAGUAUCUCCAAACAUAUCUCCGGUAUCACCAGGAACGAAUUCAAUGUUAAUGUCACCGCCUGGAAAAAGAAUUGUUCAUACAAAUCAGUCUGUUUGCUCUCCAUCCGCCCUUAAUGCUUCAAAGAGUCCUCAAGCUUUGAAACCAACAAUAAGUCCAAGUUUAAAACCAAGAUUAUCAGGUGUAAUAACUGAUGAUGCGGCAGAACAAUUGGCAAACAAGUCAAACUAUGUCAGUAUCUUAGAAGGCACAGCCAAGUCUCUUGGUAUUUCCUAUUCCUCCGACGUGCAUUCAAGUCUAGAAUCACGACGUACAACUCAUAAAGCUGCUGAACAAAAACGAAGAGAUUCAUUAAAGCAAAGUUUUGAUGAAUUGAAAAAAGUUAUACCAUUCAACGCGGCAACUGGUAAUAUCAACAUAAGUAAUAACGGAUGCGAUGGAAACAACAAUAACAACUCAAUAUCUGGUAAAGUUGGUGACAAUAGUGGAUCAAUGAAAAAUGUUUCCAAAUUGUUUUUAUUAAAACGAGCACAUGAUCAUAUUGUAGAGCUUCAUCAACAAACAAAAGAAAAAGACUUAAUCAUACAAAACCUUAAUAAUGAACUUGAUGAGCUUAGGAUAUUAAAGAAACAAAAAGUUGACCAGAUCCAACAAGAUGAUAAUAUGAUCAAACAUACAGAAUAA